CAACCGACUUUAUCGAGAAAGAUUACUUUUUUUAGGCCAAGAAGUCGAUAGCGAGAUCUCAAAUCAACUUAUAGGUCUUAUGGUAUAUCUCAGUAUCGAGGACGAUACCAAGGAUUUGUAUUUGUUUAUAAAUUCUCCUGGCGGAUGGGUAAUACCCGGAGUAGCUAUUUAUGAUACCAUGCAAUUUGUGCGACCAGAUGUACAUACAAUAUGUAUGGGGUUGGCUGCUUCAAUGGGAUCUUUUAUCCUGGUCGGAGGAGAAAUUACCAAACGUUUAGCAUUCCCUCACGCU